GUGCAUUUAGUGGUCGAGCUUUAUUACAAGCAGCUACAAACGGAAUCGAAAAAGGUUUAGUAGCGUGUUCAAACGCCAAUUUGCGGCAAAUCUGGUGGCUAUUUUCUGUAUUUAUCACGAUGCAAAGAUGGAACAGAAAGAAAACCCACUUUCCUUUGCUUGCACUUGCCUUACUUGUCUUUAUUGUUUGUUCUAUCCUCUACAAUGAACGUAGCAUUCAACAAAUCCAUGAAGACUCAGAUCAUGUUCAUCAUGAUCAAGAAGUUCCAAUCAAAUAUGUACAGCCUAAUCUUGUAAACGGAGCUGCAGAGGUUUUGGAUAGAUUUAGUAAAUGCAACUCUACCAAGAAGUUCAGUGGCUGGAAAAUCGGGUGGGGUGACCAGAGACUUCAAUCGGGUGGGAGGAGAGUGAGCGCAGAUUCAGAGAGUUGUGAUGUGUUUUCAGGGAAAUGGGUAUUUGAUAACACAUCUUAUCCACUGUACAAUGAGUCUCAAUGUCCUUACAUGUCAGACCAAUUGGCAUGUCACAAGCAUGGACGGUCAGAUUUGCGGUACCAGUACUGGAGAUGGCAACCUCAUGACUGCAAUUUGAAGAGAUGGAAUGCAACUGAGAUGUGGGAAAAGUUGAGAGGAAAGAGGCUAAUGUUUGUGGGGGAUUCAUUAAACAGAGGGCAGUGGAUAUCAAUGUUGUGUUUACUACAGUCAGUGAUUCCAGCCGAUAAGAGAUCCAUUACGCCAAAUGCAGAGCUUACCAUCUUUAGAGCAGAGGAGUACAAUGCGACUCUGGAAUUUCUGUGGGCACCACUCCUUGUAGAUUCUAAUUCUGAUGAUCCAGUAAAUCACAGGUUGGAUGAGCGGAUAAUGCGUCCAGAUUCUGUUCUCAAGCAUUCGUCACGGUGGGAGCAUGCUGAUAUACUAAUUUUCAACUCAUAUUUGUGGUGGAGACAAGGACCAGUUAAGCUUUUAUGGACUAGUGAAGAAACUGGAGCUUGUGAAGAAUUAGAUGGGCUUGGGGCCAUGGAGUUGGCCAUGAAUGCCUGGGCAGACUGGGUAUCUAAAGCCAAUCUCAGGAAGAAGCGGGUCUUUUUCGUUACCAUGUCCCCAACACAUCUUUGGAGUCGAGAGUGGGCAACGGGAAGUGAAGGAAACUGCUAUAAUGAGAAAACCCCAAUAGAUAAAGAAGACUACUGGGGAAGCGGUUCGGACCUGCCUACAAUGCGCAUGGUGGAAGAGGUUCUUGGCAGGUUGAGUUCAAAGGUUACGGUUCUUAAUAUUACUCAGCUCUCAGAGUAUCGAAAAGAUGGUCACCCUUCCAUCUAUCGAAAAUUCUGGGAAACAUUGAGCCCUAAACAAUUGUCAAAUCCAUCAUCUUACUCCGAUUGCAUACAUUGGUGCUUGCCUGGUGUACCAGACGUAUGGAAUGAAUUAUUAUUCCAUUUUUUGUAAAAAUCACUACAUACGUUCAAUUUUUUCUUUGUUCCUUGAUAUAGCAAAUGUGAAAGGAUAGUGCAAGUAUUUUGUCAA